CGUCCUCCCUGGGUGUGGUUCGAAACAGUGUCGAAGAUUGUGUCCAGUUUACAUCGUAUCUUAACUCCUUCAGCUUUUAUUCGUUAGAGUCUCGAGUAUCGUUUCAUUUCUUCUCUCUGAAAUCAUUCGGCAAGACACACCAGCGUUCGCGUGUGUACUCUUUAUCUAGCGUACAUAACGAAGAGGGAGAGGUUGAAGGGAGAAAAGGAGAGGGUGAAAGCUUACGAGAGAAAGAGACAGACUACAGUGGGGCGAGCCACGGCUGUUCAUCGAUUCGUCGCUACCACGGUUCUGUGAACGUGGCAUGAAAAGAGAACCAGCACCACCAAUGCGCGCAUUUGACCGGUUCUCGUGCGUGUGCGUGCGUGUGCCCGGUUCUCACUAGGAAAAGUGCUUUUUCUUCCGGUUUUCACUCGGACGCUGGGCUCCUAACAGUUCCUGGCGUUCCGUCGACGGCGCAAUCUGGCGGUAGACCACGGGUUCAGAGAGACCACCCUUUGCCCUCUGCACGAAUCUUCCACGCAGAGAGGUUAUGUUUGCUCGAGAUUCAUGACGCUCUGACAGGAGUGGAAGGUGGACGGAGCGGGGGUGGCAACGAUCUCGCUAGGAGGUGUCGAAGCUGGCGCGUGGGGCGGGAGAGUCAGCGGUGGUCUGGCUCUGGUUCUGGUGGUAGCGGCGGAAACGGAAGCCGCGACAGCAACAGAUCAGAGAGAAGGCCUGGAAAAGGCUGGUGCAGCCCCCUCAAGGAGAAAAUUCGAUCGUCUUCUAGUUCUUCUUUCUACCCUUCCCGUUCUUGGUGGUGGUGUACUUGACGAUAUUCAUCGGUCAUCAAAAGAAACGUCGGCGGCGUGACACUGGGCCCCAACCACCUUCGAGCGAGAAGGCGCACGAAAUAGGAUUAAUCCGUUCCUAAAAAAUCAUAUUUUAGGAAUCACAUUCGUCGGAGGUGUUCCGCCUCCUCCUCGAGAAACACCCUUUUCCACCCUUAACGGGUAAUCACGUUUAUCGCAUCAUUAGACAGGCAUCAUGAGUGAAGUUGAAACCCUUCGUCAGGAGGCUGACAAGCUGAAAAAUGCCAUUCGAGAUGCUAGGAAAGCAGCAUGCGAUACGACGUUGGUACAGGCCACGUCGGGCAUGGAGCCUAUCGGCCGGAUACAGAUGCGCACAAGACGCACACUUCGCGGUCACUUAGCCAAGAUUUAUGCGAUGCACUGGGGAAGUGAUUCGAGAAACUUAGUGUCAGCGUCGCAGGAUGGAAAACUAAUCGUGUGGGAUAGCUACACCACGAACAAAGUUCACGCGAUCCCUUUACGCUCUUCGUGGGUAAUGACCUGUGCGUACGCACCAUCAGGUAGUUUCGUGGCCUGCGGUGGGCUGGAUAACAUUUGUUCCAUCUAUAGUCUUAAAACUAGGGAAGGCAAUGUAAGAGUUAGCAGAGAACUCCCAGGUCACACUGGGUAUUUGUCCUGUUGUCGAUUUUAUGACGACAGUCAAAUUGUCACUAGUUCUGGUGAUAUGACAUGUGCCCUGUGGGACAUAGAAACUGGUCAACAGUGUACCUCCUUUAUUGGUCACACGGGCGAUGUAAUGUCCUUAUCCUUGGCUCCAGACACGCGCACAUUCGUAUCUGGUGCGUGUGAUGCCAGUGCAAAAUUGUGGGACAUUCGCGAAGGAUCUUGUAAGCAAACUUUCCCGGGUCAUGAGAGCGACAUAAAUGCUGUUACGUUCUUCCCGAAUGGAUACGCCUUCGCGACGGGUUCUGAUGACGCCACGUGCAGACUUUUCGACAUUAGGGCAGAUCAAGAACUGGCGAUGUAUAGUCACGACAAUAUUAUCUGUGGUAUCACCAGUGUAGCGUUCAGCAAGAGCGGUAGAUUAUUACUGGCCGGUUACGACGAUUUCAACUGCAAUGUUUGGGAUUCUAUGAAAGCGGAACGAGCUGGAAUUCUCGCUGGUCAUGAUAAUCGCGUAUCUUGCCUCGGUGUUACGGAAGAUGGUAUGGCCGUCGGGACGGGUUCAUGGGACUCGUUUUUGCGUAUUUGGAACUAACUUGGGGUUCAUCCCAAGACGUUUCUCAACAGAACCAACUGCAAAUCAGCAUACAGUAUAAGCAUUAAAUAUCACCACUUGGCCACCGAAGUCGGCGUGUCUGUGUCCUCAACGGAGGAGAAUUACUCCCCAAGUUCACCGGAGUUGACGUUGAUUAGAAAGUUUGGACAUCCGCUAGACAACAGCAGUAGAAAGACCCACGGCAAUAGCGGCAGUAGCGGCAGCGAAUUUAAGAACGUUUUGGGUUGUGGUGGUAAAAAGGACUACCGGAGACGCGUCGUCGAUUUAACCUGGCGACGUGGCAAGGUCGGGGAUAAAAUCACUCGUGAAUAUCAGCGCUUCUAGUAUAUGAGUAUACCGUUUAUUCGAUAUACUUUAACGUACGAAUGAUGAUGAUGAUGAUGAUGAUGAUAAUUGAGAAAGAAGCGUGGCGAAAGGAAGAACGACAGAACGGAGAGGAGCACCAAGGCUGACAGCCAUAUCUCUCCGAUGUCGUGCGCGUUACUUCCUUUUUCUCCUCCCCUUUCUCAAGGACUACUUGACGAACCUUCGAAGAGAACGUGCUGUUGAUUAUAUAUCUUGAUAGCGUCUCCUCGAAGAUCUUCCCAAAUUCAAAGGUUGAAACAAGAAUCGAUUUCCGAGACAACAUCCCUCGUCCAGAGGUCUACGUUGUUGGAAGCGUUUUAUUAUGAAUAAGAAAAAAAGAAAAAAAAGUGGUUCCGAGCGUUCACUGCCGAUGAAGCGCCGACAUGGCUGCUCCGGCGGUUGAUUUUACAUUUCUUUUCGACACGCACGAAGCAAGUCGUACCAGGCGAGAACACGAUGUGAAAAGAACGAAAAAAAAAAGUAUGGUCGCUCGUGCACGACACAAAAGCAAACAUGAUCAUCAAAACUAUAUAUACAUAUAUAUAUUAUAUAUAUACGUAUGUCGACGAGCAACCAAGAUUACGAUAAUCUCGCAUAUUGCAUUCAACCUACACGCACACCGUACGCACGUGUAUUAAUACGUACAUAGAAAACUACAUACAUACAUUUGCACACAAAACGCGAAGUACCGCAAACAAAAGGCAUCUGCUAUUAAGUACAUAGUGGGUCAUCCACGAGCCUCGACAUAUAAGUCACUAUCUCUGAUCAUGUUUUCUCUCUUUCUUCCGUUUUCUCCUCUUUCUUUUUACGUUUCAAAUUUCAAUUCUCCUUUGUCGUGGAUUUCCUAUCCUUAAAAGGGAUGGCUAGUUAAAGAAAAUGGGAAAAAAAUGAUUCACGAAGAUUGCAUCGUUUCUUGUGACCAUAAUCGCCGAGUUUGCAUUAAUAUCUGUAAUUUUUAUAGAUUUAUCCUUAUUUAUUUUGUAUAGAUCUUAUAUGGAGACCAUCUUAUAUACGUUCUUGUGUCUUUUUCUUUUUUCAUUUUUUGUUUGAAAAACUGAGUGAAUGUUCGAGUUACGGAGAUUGUUAGAGAGUGAACGAGUUCAGAAGUAAGAAUGAGUGAAAGGUCUCGAAGGCGCGGCCCGUUGCGAAUCAAAACAAGAAUCUGCAUAAAAAUCUGAUUAAAAAUUCUACGGUAAUUCCUAUGUUGUUUCUUCAGCUUACCUUUCAUCGAAAUCUGGUUCGUCGCGUAUGAAAGGGUAUGCUGCUGAACGAAAAAACGAUCGACAACGCGAGAUAAUAAAAUGAACAAAAUAAAAUGUACUUUGCCUCGCCGCGGAUUUAAUGCACGCUCGCGAGGGACCAGCAUGAAGUAUGAAGAGAAAGAAUAUUUAAAUGUAACGUGUAAUCGUUUAGUUUAUAGCCUAUCCUCUGUUUCUCCAGUUAGAAAACAGCGAGACCGAGAAGAGUUCCUUCUAACUCUCAUCAAAGCAGAACCCUACACCUUUCUCUAUUAUGUCGGUCCAGAACCGAAGAAUCCUCGAAAGUGCAAGGAAACACGUAUUCUCCGACGAAACAGUCGUCCUAGAAGUUCCUUUGAAAUAGGACCCAAAGAAUCACGGAUCGAAGCUACGGACCGCAAAACCAAACUCUCUCUCACCCUCGCCGUCCUUUUCGUUUUUUCUCUUCUUCUGUUUCUUCUGAGAAGAUUUUUAUCGUUUCCAUCAACCACUUUGUACGAUUGUGUUUUUAAUUAUUAUUCUUCGACUUUCUCCCCUCCAUCGUCUCCUCCCUCUCAUCUCCUAUCUUUUUUUUUUAAUCGCUGUCACCUGUUGUGUUCCUUCCAUUGUCAUCUAUUCUCUGUCCUGUUUUUGUCGAAGAAACUAGAUGUUUAAACUGUGUAUGCAUUUAAAGUAAUAAUAUUAAUGAUAAUGUUUAAUAUUAAUAUUAAUAAUGAUUGUAAUUUAUAAUUAUUAAUAUUUAAUAUAUAAGUAUCUAAGAAGAUAACGAUGAAUCUACUUGUUCAGUACCGCAGGAUUACGGUCCAAUCGCUUUCCGGUGACCACGCUGUCACAUCUAUUUCUUUUUAAUCGGAUUUAUUAUUUUCAUGUAAUAUUGUUUUUUUCCUAUAUUUUAUUGCAUUCUUAUUUGCAUUUAAUAUUCUGGUGAUCAGCAAGGACGUUAUACAACAUGUACGACUUAUUACGAUCUUAGUGGUUUAAUGUAAAUUGCUUUGAAUAUAUUUUAACCACUGUUGGUUCCUGUUGAGAUCACCAACUGUUAAAGAAAAAUGACUGAGUGAGUCAGUAAGGGAAGCGUGGCUUCCGGAACGCGAAAACCAGCAAUUGUUUUCCUAACAGAACAAGUAUGUAAUCUGAUUUAAAAAAAAAAAAAGAAAAAAAACUGUUAAAGGAACUAUCAAGAAGUCUUUAAGGAGUUUCUAAAGACGUUAUUCUAUUAUUGCGUUACAAGCAGAUAAACGAGAAAUACUUUUCCUGAACGAUAACAUUUAUAAUCGGUUUUUUGAUAUCACUCUUCUCGACUAAUCGCGCUUAUGUCACACGCCUCCAUAUCUUCUAGCGACCAAUUAGGCAAAAAAUAACAAGAUAUAACAUAAAAAAUCUUUUCUCCGCGCCAAUACGAAAUGAAGGCCUUCUUCCUUCGAUUUUUACGAUAGUUUGACAUUUAAAAUUUCAAAACAAAAACAGAUAUUUUCUUCUUCUGAAAAGAACAGAGACCUUAGUUGUCUGCGUAGAGCAUUGCAACGGUGUUCAAAAUGAAGGAAGAAGGGUACUUAAAUAUUUAAAAAGAAAAAGAGUUAUAAAACGGAAAAAAAAAAAAUAAUGGAAACACAAGAUCUGUGCUUUUUGUAUUUCGUAAUUCCGUGGCCUCUCGGAGAAGGCUUCUCGUUUUUGUAUUUCGAAGCCUCGAGCCACUGAAGCAAUAUGGUUUCUUAUUCUUUGUACGAAUACAAAAAAUAUAUAUAUAAUAUAUAUUAUAUUAUAUAUAUAUUAUAUUAUAUAUAUAUUAUACUAUAUAUAUAUAAUAUAUAUAUAUACUAUCGACGAGUAGUCAUACAAAAUUAACGAUUUAUUAAGUCUCUAGUCAUAGUAACGACAAACGCAAGAAUAAACCAAUUAGAAAAAGGAAAAAACGUGAAAGAAAACGCAGAGGUUUGUGUAAGUGGAGCAGUUUGUUAUUCAUUUCGUUCUUUUCUUUACUAUUCCCGUUGGUAGGUCUCCUUGUCCGCGGACAAGGAUGCGAGUGCUGGUUUUGAAUCGUUUAGUUAAUCGAAUGCAUAGGGGAACCGUGAUAAUAUAUCGGAUCGAUUGUGACAUCAGGAACAACAGCAUGAGAAAGCAAGUGAAGGAAUAGAUUUUUUUUCUGAAGUCAUAAUAAGGUGAAUAAAAGUACUUGGAAAAAAUGAAACGUGGCGUUUUGGUUAUUUUUUUACCGCUCGUUUUCUUUUUCUUCGCCAUCAUCCCGACCUCUCGUAAAUAAUUUUUCUCAUUCGACGUUUCUCGCCUAUUUUCUUUUCUUUUAAUUUCUCGUUCGUUCGAUCGAUGAGAGUCUCCGGCGAAUACUUUUGGGUCCUAUUUCAACGUGAAAAAGCGGCGAAACACACGAUGAGAAACGAAGGAAAAGGAAGAGGUGGAAAAACUAGUGGAACUCAUUUUAGUAAAUCCUUUUACGAUGGACGAUAAGAAGCCAUUAGCAAUACUGCCUCUUUCGAAUUACGAGCGAAUAUAAAGUACGAUAUAUAUAAAUAUAAUAUAUAGUGCGUGUAUAUUAUGUACAAAAGAACGCUUAAAUAACGCGUGAUACGCUGUUUUAAGUGAACGAAACGCCAGGACAUAGCCAAAGAAUGCGGAAAGAAAAGUGGCGGCAGCUGAUGGGAAACGGAAGUGAGUUUGCCAAGAGGUGAAUGGAAAAAGCCGGAAAUAUAUUCAAAAAGGAAGGUAUAUACAUUCAUCCAGAAAGUUACAAAAAGAUAACUAAGAGGAAGGAUGUCUUCGUUGUUAAAUGAUAGAUAGUUACAAGGAUUUCUCUCAUCACUUUUUAUAUAACGAUAAUAACAACAAUAAAAUAAUAAUAAAUUAUUAUCGACGGCUAGACUAGCUCUCAUUUGAGUAAUCAUCCUUCGUGAACGACGUUUUCACGAGGCACGAAGUCGGCGUUUCCCGCGUUUUUAUCGUCUUUAAGAACGUAGGGGAAAAUAGACCUUGUUCUUCGCCCAACAAAGAAAAAGCGACUAAGGUAGAUUUUUCGUGGACUCGACAGAGAGAUCCUUGUUCUUGUCGUAACGCGUUUCGAGCCUCGUGGGUGCCCCUGUCAAUCGUCAUCGUCAUCAAUACGAUACGUCAUAAGAAAGAAUCGUUUUCAUAAAUGUAAGAAGAAGGAGAGGCGAAUGAAGAAAUUACGGAAGAACCUUCGUUGCACGAAGAGGAUUUUCAUAUGAAAAAUCUGUGUGUUUUUGAGGAUGGAUGCAACUCAAAAAAUCCAUGUAUCAGAGUGUGACAAGAAUCGGUAUCAGGUGAAAAGUUCGUGGGUGGAAGAUGGCUGUCCUUGAAACGGUUCUUUGAAAGUCGAACAUUCCGGAGGCAUUCGCGCUAUCCAUUAAGUAGCUAAUCAAGUUUAGAAGAAAAAAAAAAUAAAAAACGUGCGACGUAGUGUGUUUAUUCAGAAACUGCAGUUAAGGAAUAUUGCCUGAUGAAUGUUUCUCGUACACGUAGCUAUCGCCAUAGCUGUAUCUGUAUACCGCCUCGAAGUUUUUUCAAUAUAGAGAAAAGAGAAUUGUGCGUAGAAAUCCAAAGAGACAUCACAAUCGCGAAUCGACCAAAAACCGCAUUCGACAUCGAGAGCGAACCUGGCGUGAUUUCUAUGCGAGACUGAAGUCAUCAAAGACUCCUGUUAAGAUUCCUCUUUUACGUUCUUUUUUCGUUCUUCUCCUCCCAUGCCGCGUGUACACGCAAAACGUAGCGUAACAUCUCUGUAAUCCAUCAAAUAUACAAAACGCAUACCGCUGGCAUAUACACACCUACACACUAAAUAUACACAUGUACACAUAUGUUCACGUUGCAUUCUAUUCAUUCGAUGAUCUGUACAUAGUGUGUUCGAGAAAUCGAUCGCGAAAUUUCUCAAGGAACGUGCACCAGCGAGAAACACCACUCCCACGAUGAACGAUCGAUUGUUAUAAUUCAUUGUAGCGCGUCGCAAAAGUGAUUCCCCGACCGUCGCAGAGGGGAAAAAGCUUUGGAAUUUUCGCCUUGAAUUAGUUAUGAGAUAAUUAGCGUGCUCGUUGAGCGAAGAUUCGUUUCAUUCUUUUUCCCUCUGGACACGGUCGGACGAAAUGGGAUCGUCGCCAAAUUUAAUAUCAAACUCCGAAUCGAUUUUUUCUAUUACUUCAUCCGAGAGUCUCGCUCCGCGAGAUUCUCUCCUGAGCCACGCGAGAUGAAGAAUAUUAAAUUUGAAGACGAGACGGAUGAAAAAAGAAAAAAAAGAAAUAAAAACCAUCGGCGGGCCAAGAAACAAGCAUUAUGCAUCCUAUUAGUCAGAUCCAUUUCUAUUGAUACUGUUGCGAAUAGUCUUACAUUGUUUAUCUUAAGAUUUUAACACUGUUUACAAGAUAACGUUUUUCAUAAUAAUUGUUCUCGUAUCUCUUUUGUAGACAUUCUACGACGAGUACACUUUGUAUGACAAUUUCGUUCGAGACCCUCGCGGGAGAACAAGCGACUACGCAUUUUCACUUCGGUUUCCGAUGCGAGAUUUUACCAUGGGCUCACGAAUAUACGAGAAUUACGAAAGAACAGGGCCAAAGAAAUAGCUGAAACACACACAGAUAGAAAGCACAAGAAAAAUUCGAUCACUUCGAAUUUACUUUCUUAAUUUAUUACAAGCUUUAGACACUCGCAUAUAUAUAUAUAUUAUAUAUACAUAUAUAUUUCGUACAUAUGUAAAUGUAUGACGAUUUUUACUAUUUUAUUUUUCUUUUAUUUUUUCCAUGUACAAAUUGGUUGCUUCGCACAAUGAGAUGCCAUCAGUUUUAUCGGGAUUCUUCAGAUUUCUCUUCCUCUUGACAAUAUUUUACAAGCUUCGUAUGAAAUUUGUCUUGGAGACGGAUUUUCUUUACCGAUUCUCCGUAACAUUUGAGACAAAUAUCCUUUCGAGAAUCUGACGAUUUUUAUCUACUUCGGCACGUCGCGAGUCGUACACGUAGCACGGCGUAAGUUUCCUUUUUCUGCUAUAGUCGAUCGAAUUUGCAAUCACGCCGAUCCAUUCUGUCAAAUGUUAUUAUAUUGCUGAUAACAAUUGAAACGUUUGCAACGAAAUGAAGGCAGUUGCAGAAAGGAAAGUAGAACAAGUCAGGUCUGUUUGAAUAAAAGUAAAUAAUUUGUUGUCUUGUAGCUUGUUAAAUUCCGUUACAAAUCAUUUUUAAGCGAUUUUUGUUGGUUUAUUCGGAAUUACAAGAAAGUAAAACUGCCUUCUCAUACGAUUCGCUAUCAUCCUCAUGAAUAAAUAUUUUGCCCACCAGUAGCGUUAGCCUGAUUAAAAAAUUUCUUUUCGCGCUACUUUGAAAUCUUUCGUCAAAUAUUAUCGUCGAAUUUCUUAAUGGUUUAAUCUUCAGUACAAAAUAUCUUAAAUCAUCGUUUGAUUUACGAUUACAAAUAUACUUAGCGUUUUGCGAUCAAUCACGAUGCAUCGGUUCAUCUUACAUAUCUUCGCGGAGCAUUUAUAUUUUGAUAACGUUAUUUCUGGAACAUUUCGUUGAACGUUUCGCAUGCAGUGACGCGAAGACACCAACGCACGAUGACAAUCCUCUUUAAAGAGAAAACAAAAGUAACGAUUGUAGUGUAAAGACGAGUAGCAUUCACGAGAGUCGCGAGAAAGAUCGUUACACUUGGAACAGUGUACAAACCGUUUAAAUUAUAGUAGUUGGAAGCGAUAUACUGUGAUUAUGAAAUUAGCCAGUUUACAAUUCUCUUCUAUUCAUUUUAAAUCAGUUGAAACGAAAGGAUAAAUUGUUCCUUAAUAGGAUUUCAAACGUGUCGUACUUGGUUCCUUAUCGCGUUAAGGUACAAAGAUAUUAUAACACAACAUGCGAAAAAUGAAAGUUGUGUUGCUGUCAUACUUACGAGACGUAUCUUAAACAGCUUGGAAAGAACAACUGUUAUAACGCGUUUUUAAUUUAUCACAUUCAUCGUUGUAUUACAAACGAUGGUACAAAUUAAUCUCAAAUAUUACUAUAUCGUAUCUAUCUACUAUAUAUUUACAUUAUGGAAAACGGAGUGACACGCGAAGAAGACUCGUCUGAAAUUAGGGAUCAAGAGUACGCGAAGAAUCAACGGGUUCGACGUUAUUUUUCUCGGACUAGAAUACAAAGAAGACUGAUAAGCGUUCGAACGAGAGGAGUUCGAAAUUUGUUCGCCAGCUGUUCCUUUAUCGAAACUCGAUUAGAAAACUCGUAGCAAAAGCUACCCUUUUUGAACUUUCGUAUGUAAUGAUACGUUUUAAUGGUUACAACAUUGUAGAAAUAGUAUCAUGAAAAAUGAAACUGAACAAAUCAAAAUUUGUUCUAGAGAACAACCAUACUAAUUGUACACGAGGAAAGUUCAAAUUAAUUUCAUAAAUUUAAUAGUUGUAAAAAUAACUUUUAUUGUUGUCCCACAAAUUCAUGUUUUAAACAAACACGAUUCCUCUAUGAAAUAAUUACGGAUACAUUUACGACAAAUUUUAUUUAACAAUUUUAUUGAAGAAAAUUCAGAUGUAUCGAACAGAAAUUCAAAUGCUAGAAUUUAUUGAAAAAGAAUGUACGCAGACGAGGGUGAUUUUUGUUACGAGUUCUUCGUUUCUUCACGACGCGAUUGCAAAUUCGUCGUAUCUGUCGUGUUCUCGGCGGACUACGCGAUGAGUCCGCGCAAUUUACGUUUUCAUUCGAUCGCGCUGUACGAUUUUAAAUAUAUCCAGCAUAGAGAAAGGAAAAAACAAAAGUGGAUCGCCCAUUUUCUCUCACGAAGUCGCCGUUAUCAAGCUUCUGAAUCGCAAAAACGAGGAUAGAAAAAUUCUCAAGGGAAGAGAAAGGGAGUUCAGAGCGACGAGCUUCUCGAAAACUUUUUUCAAUAAUAACCCGAGGAAACUCUUUAAUACUAAACAAAA